UAGGUUGUAACGGCCGCUGUUUUCUUCGUGGGUAUUUAUAACAUGGCGUGCUGCGGGAAAAAGGCUGUUCUAAAACAAACAACUAAAGAAUGUAAAACAUUCCCUCCAAAAAACUUGUAGAUUCUAAACAAGCAAGUCAGUCCGUGCAUGAUUACAUUGCUUCGCCCAUCAAAAAGUACCUGAGACAAUAUACCGCCUAUCAUCAUUUAUUGGACUGACGAAUGUCAGUUGGAAAAAAUUUACAAAUCAAAUGAGAAAAAGGGAAGCAAAGAUUGUAAAGUGCACAUGUGUGUUAAACCAGAUCAAACGGAUACUGUGUAGAAAACUGUGUGAUAGCCGAUUUACAUAAAUAGUAGUGAAGAAUCACACACUGACACAGGUUAGCUGACAGGUCAGACUGAGUGUGUUCGUGCAUAGAGACACACACACACACAGUGAGAGGGAGAUUUACAUUGAGAGCUGAAACAGGAGAAGCUGUACUGAAUCCAGAUCUGAUUGGGAUUCACAGGCUGAGUUCUGUGUGCACGGAUACAUUCCUUCAGGGGGAGAGGGGCGGUGUGGAGAUCUUGUAUCUACCAAUCAGAAAGCAACACCGGUCUCAGCCUUAAUGGAGGAAAAGCUGAGUGGUGUCGUGACAGAACAAAGGAAAAAGUCCAGAUGACAGCAGGUGACACAUUCCCACUAUGCUGACAUAGCUGGUCAAUUGACAGCUCAAGAACACGCCCUUCCUGCUGAACACCGAUAGUGCAGCAAUGAUUGUUAGGAGGAAGGCUUGUGUUGCCUUGGUGAUCGCUGCCAUCCUCUUCCUCAUGAUUGCCAGCCAGAGCAUUCAGAGGAGGUAUUUCCUGUUGCAGCCUGCAGCUCCGCCCAGAGGCCACAGCACGUCCAGUGGCAGGAUGACAGCAGCUGAAUUCACAGGCCCAAUUUCAGGUCAGGCACCUCCUUACCUGAAACCUGAACAAAUUCCCACCGAGGAAGAGAUGGUUGAGGAAGAAAUUGACGAGGAGGAGGAAGAGAUGGUGAUUCAGGAGCAGCUUAUGAAAAACGCUAAGCUGUGUGGCUGCUCUGAUGCCUGUAUUUCAGACAACAAUGGGUCGAAAUGGUUCAGCCAGCGCUACGACGCUAAACAGCAGCCCAUCAUCAAAGAGACCGGCAAUAAUUUUGACUCUGAUGCACUUCAAUGGUGGCUGAGUCUUCAACGGGCCGGUAACGAUCAGUCCUUGGAGGAAGUGAUCUCAAAGAUGUUCCAGGUCAUAUCCCCACCCUCUAUAGACUUGGAGCCCGUGCCCUCACGUUGCCGUAGUUGUGCAGUGGUUGGCAACUCUGGCAACUUACGGCAUUCUGGACACGGUGCACUCAUUGAUUCUCAUGGCUUCGUGUUCCGGAUGAACAAGGCGGUGACUAAAGGGUUUGAGGAAGACGUCGGUCGUCGGACGACGCAUCACUUCCUGUACCCAGAGAGUGCAGUGGACAUCAGUAAUGGUACCAGCCUCAUCCUGCUGCCAUUCAAACUGAGAGACCUGGAGUGGCUGACCAGUGCGCUGUCCACCGGAACAGUCAAAAUGACCUACAUGAGGGUGAAAGCAAGAGUGCACGCUGAUAAAGACAAGGUUGUUGUGGUGAACCCAGUGUUCUUUAAGUAUGUUCAUGAACGUUGGAACGAGCAUCAUGGUCGCUACCCGUCCACCGGCAUGCUGGCCAUCGUCUUUGCUCUGCAUGUCUGUGACCAGGUGUCAGUGUUUGGUUAUGGUGCAGACAAGCAAGGAAACUGGCAUCAUUACUGGGAGAAGAAUCAGUUUGCCGGAGCCUUCAAGAAGACUGGCGUCCACAGCGCUGAUUUUGAGAAUCAGAUCAUCCAACACCUUGCCAACGAAGGCAAGAUCACUCUACACCUCAACACAACCACAUCCGUGCAGACAGAACUAGGCACCAACGACAGACUGGCACAUAAACUCAAUUGACCUCUACCUGGCUGAUCGUCAAAACACCUGGCUGUCCUCUGGCACUCAAACCAAAUCUGAGCCAGUUUUUAGACCAUACAUUUGUUGUUUUGGGUAGAAAUUAGACUCCUGCACUUUUUCUGUCAGUCACCACAACUGCCUUGAGUCAGACAUCCAGGAAUGCUGGAAUGAAUGUUGUUAAGCUUUUUCAGACAGCUGAAUUACCUGUGGACACAUCUGUGAGGCUUAUGUAAUUUAGAGAUCCCCUGCCUCUUCCAACGUUUGCUGGCUGAAAGAAGUUAAAGCUCAACUCAAAAAAAUCAGUCUGUUUUUCUAGACCUAAAACCAACUUUCCUGACGUGUGCAACUGCUGGGAUAGACCACAAAGACCUUUGCUGUGAGCUGGAAACAACCACAAACUUUAUUUUAUCCUAUCUUUGUUUUUAUUGGAUUUUAUAGGUACACAGGGAUAACCUUUGUUCUCUGUCUUUUUUUUUUUAAAUAAAAGCACUUUUUCCUUAAGAAGAAAUGGUGGAAAGAGGCCGAGUGAAGGAAGUGUUCACUUGGCCACAUAA